ACUUUAUGUGCGGGUGGGAUGGGGGCAGAUACCCUCCCACUUUGCUCGUCGUGCUCAAUCUCCAGCCUGCGCGCAGGAAUCACUACCUAGCCAUUCUCCUAGCGCGGAUCCGAUACGAUGCAGUCGACCUACGGACGACCCCGAGUUAGCCUAUUUGACCAGCUCCCCGCCGAGCUCGUCUCCUACAUCCUCGACCUCAGCACCCAUGCGCCCUCGUACGAGCAGGAUCCCUCCCAGGGCGUGUUCUCCAUGGAGAGCACCAUCAAGCCCUUCGAGCUCGCCAGUUGCCUCGGCUCUCGCCUUCGCCGCAUAGCCGUCGGCACCUCAUCCCUCUGGACCAGCAUUCUCAUCACCCACGCGGAUCUCUACUGCCAGGACGAGGACGGGGAGUGGAUGCUCAACCCGGAUCGGCUGCUGCACCAGCUUGUGCGGUCGAAGGAGCAGCCGAUAGACGUGGUCAUAUAUGCGCGGGACGAGGAUGAGUGUGAUCUUUCGAUACACAACGAUACCAACUACCGCCCUACGUUCGGGCCCAAGGCUAUGCGCGCUGCACUGAAGAUCCUCCUUUCGCAAGUCCGGCGAUGGCGCAGCCUUGCCAUUUAUACCGACAUGUGGGCACCUAUGCACGAGGCGUUGUCUUGCCUCGACGAUGUCCCCCUCUCCAUUAACAACGGCGUUGUCGCACCCUUCCUCGAAUCCAUCACCCUCCAUCGACACAACCCGUACGUCGCCACCUCCGGCUCGGGCACGUUCGUCCCGCACCACUUGCGCGAUGUCUCCCCACAUCCGUUCAACGCGCUCCUCGGCAACGCGACGGGUGAUGCAAGACGUUUUCCACGUCUGCGCCAUCUCAAUCUGUACGGCGUCCAUCUGAACUGGGACGCGCUCCCGGACUUGUUGCCGACCGCAAUGCCCAUGAGCACGUCAAGCCGCCAGGGUUUGCAGACGCUCGAGCUCGCGUACCACGCCGAGGACGUACGGCCCUCGACCGACGCGUUCUUCCGCAUGCUCGGCGCCGCGCCGAGAUUGCGCAAGUUCGUGCUGCGCGUGUCUGGGCCACACGAGCCGGCAACCGCUUUCGCACCCGCGGUGUGGUCGUCGCGUCCGCACGUUUCCCUGCCCCUGCUCGAAGAUCUCGAUAUUUCGUAUCUUGACGCCUGGGAGACAGCGCAUAUCCUCAGCCGCAUGCACGCGCCGAAUUUGCGGGCACUCAGCAUCGAGGACGGUACGCCGGGGGACAGCAUCGAGGAUGAAGACGCGUCAGGUCUUUUGGGAUAUAUCGGCGAUGGACUGCUUGUCGAUAACAGAGACGCCAAUAGGACCUUGGUGUGGACAUCCGACGCGUGUGCGGGUGCGCCGUUCCCGAAGCUCGAGAAGAUCAGCCUGCGUAAGGUGCUCGCGCGAGCGCCGAGUCUCACGCGGUGUCUGUAUGGGACGCGGGAUCUCAAGGAGCUGGAGAUGGAAGCCCCGACGCUCGAGUUUCUCGGUGCGCUGUUCCCCGACGAGCAGGGCGCUGUGCCCUGUCCGAAGCUCGAGACGCUCAGCGCGCGCAAUCUGAGGGACUUCCAGACGGAGUGCGCGAGAGAGUGUCUCGCGCGUGUCUUGGAGGCGCGGCGGCAUUGCAAGGCAGCGGGAGUGGAGGCGACGCUAACGACGUGUGCCGAGGAGGAGCUGCUCCGUCGUGCCGCCCUCGGUGACGAUGAGGAGGAGGAAGACGAGGACAGCUUCAUGGACGAAGACUACGACGCUAUGGACUUCGACUAUAGCGAGAGUGACGGGGCAGAGACGGGCACCGAGACGGAUGAGGAAUCCGGCGGUACGGACCAUCACUAUCAUCACCUCAGCUUCGACACCAAGACUUUCUCGCAGGAGACAGAGGCAGACGCGUUCAAGCUCGGGGGCACGUUCAACGACCCAGUGUUUGACGCGCAGUACGCAGCAGUGUGGGCUGGGUUGCAGGCGCAGGUCCAUGGCGGUGUGCAAGUUGCUGCGCAGUGAUUGUGUGGGGGGAGUGCUCUAACUUAUUAUUCAUUUAUACUGCGGAGGCGUGUAUGAUUUGCUGUAAUUUAC